AUGAGUGAUAUUGUAAGCUUACUUGGCAAAGAGUUGGUUGAUGGCAAGAAGCAGAAGAUUUCCACAAGUUCAGUUGUUGAAUCUUCUAAAGUUAUUGGAUUGUAUUUCUCAGCACAUUGGUGUCCUCCUUGCCGCAUGUUCACACCAAUGUUGAAAACUUUCUAUAACACGUACAAAUCCAGUGAAAAACUGGAAAUAAUAUUUAUUUCUUCGGAUCAGGAUGUGACUCAAUGGCAGGAGUACUUCAGUGAAAUGCCUUGGAUUGCACUGCCGUAUGAAGAUAGAGCAAUGAAGGAGAAACUGAGUAAGACGUUCGAUGUCAGAGGCAUCCCUACCCUGAUAUUCUUGGAUGCAGAAACCGGUGACAUUAUCUCCCUUAAUGGAAGAGAAGUGGUCCACAAACAUCAGCCUGGACAGGCAUUCCCAUGGAAUGAGAAGUGA